AUGGAGGAGGUGAAGCGCCCGGUCUUUGGGGCGGAGGCGGAGCGCAUUGGCACGCGUCUGGAUGAGGCCACCGACGAGUUCCUGAAGGAGACGAAGAGCUGCCGGGCGCUGCAGAUCCCGCCGGGCCAGGAUCAGCUCACGGCCAUGGAGUACGUGGCUUACUUGGGCAUCAACCUACAGUUGGAGCCGGAACUCUCUUGGGUGGCUCGCGAGAUGCUGGCGGCUCCGAUGCCCCCCCAGGCAGAGAUCAAGGUGAGCAAGGCCGGCGUGUGCUACUUCCACGACCUCAUCAAUGAUUACUACACCAUCGAGCACCCUUUGACGCAGAGGUACUUGAAGGUUUUGGAGCGUCAGCGCUUGGACCUGCUCUGCCUCCGCACCAAGCCGUCUGUGAACGGCUUGCUCUUUUCACAGCCGGACAUGCUCUUCAACAAGCAGUUCCGAAACCUGCAGAUCCCCUGCCAGUCCUGCGGGGUGAUGCAGUCCACACUCAAGUGCAACCAGUGCCUCAUGUCCUUCUGCCAGUCCUGCGCAGAUGCCCUGCACAAGAACGCGCUGGGCCCCAGGUUCGAGGAGCUCCUCAGCCACUACACGGCGCAAGGGUACAAGAAGAAGGAUGUGCAGAAGUACUGGGACCAGGACUGCGUGCCGGUGAGGAAGAAGGCCACCAAGGCCAAGGCCAAAGCGGAGCCCAAGGCCAAGGCGAAGGCCAAGGCCGAGCCAAAGGCGAAGGUGAAGGCGAAGGCCACGCCCUCGCUGCGGGGUGCUGGAGCCGAGGCCCUGGUCCCGGGCCCGGGUGGACCCAGCGGGCGCCUGCCGCGAGCGCGGGCGGUGCUGCGGGACAUGAAGAGGAGGGAGCUGGACUGGCGCAUCGGGGCCAUUGUGUACCAGAUUUACGUGGACCGCUUCGCUCCCAGCGCGAACUUCGAGGCGAAGAAGAGUCUGUACCCCUCCGAGGGGACCUUCCACAGCUGGACGGACCUGCCCAAGGGGGGCUCGCUGGUGGAGUCAGUGGGCUACUAUAGCAACGAGCUGGCCUUUUGGGGUGGGGACCUGCCCAGCUUGAGCGGCAAGCUGGACUACCUCACCGACCUAGGGGUGGAUGUGGUGUACUUGCAGCCGAUCACUGAGAGCUACUCCAAUCACAAGUACGAUGCCACGGACUACAAAGUUCUGGACAAGCAGUACGGCACAGAUGAGGACUUUAAGCAGCUGGUGGACACGCUCCAUGACAAGGGCAUGAAGCUGGUCCUUGACUUCGUGUUUAACCAUUGUGGCAAGCGCGCCGGCAUUGUGCAGGAGGCGCUGGCAGACAAGGCCUCCCCAAGGCGGAGUUUCUUCUUCAUGGGCGAUGAGUACAAGCACGGCUUCAAGGUGUGGGGCUGCGCGCCAUCCUUGGUUGAGUUGGCGCUGGAGAACAAGGAGCUGCAGGGCUACCUUUGGAACGACAAGGACUCCGCCCUCGCCAGCUGGCUCCAGAAGGGCGCCGACGGCGCGCGCCUGGACGUGGCCUCCGAGAUUGGUCUGGAGUUGCUGUCCUCCAUUACUCGCGCGGCGCACCGGCACAAGCGCGACAGCCUCGUGGUAGGCGAGGUCUGGGCGUAUUCGCCGCACUGGACCUCCGCCAUGGACGCUGUGAUGAGUUUACACUCAGGGGUGCUCAUCUACGGCCUGGCGGAGGGCACUUUGCCUGGGCCCUCGGCGGCCCAGAGCCUGAUGCGGAUGAUCCAGGACUCCUCCAUGGACGAGGUGCUGAAGUGCUGGAUUGUGGUCAGCAACCACGACAUGCCGCGCUUGGCCCACCGGCUUCCGGAUCUCAAGGCGCGGAAGUUCGCGCAGGUGCUGCAGUUCACAUGGCCUGGGUGCCCUCUGGUCUACUACGGGGACGAGCUGGGCCUAGAGGGCGCAGAUGACCCCUACAACCGCGCGCCCAUGCCCUGGGAUCGCCUGGAGGGCAAUGAGAUGCUGGCCCACACGAAGAUGCUGAUUGGGCUGCGCAAGAAGCACCGGGCCCUGCGAAUCGGCAACUACCGGGACCUGUUCACCUCGAAGCUCAUGGCCUUCAUUCGCACCACUGACCGGGUCUCGGACACGGUCAUCGUGCUGGCCAACCCCACCGACGAAAUGGUGAAGGAGAUGGUGGUGGUGCAUGUGCCCUCGAUCCUGGGCCACACGCUCUUCAAGGACGAGCUGAGUGGGGAGGAGCUGCGGCUGCUGGGCUCCACGCUGACGGUGGAGGUGAAGCCCAAGACGGUGCGCAUCUUCACCAUGGUGAACGAGCAGGGCAACCCCAGCGGGGACCAAUACAAGCGCAGCUGGGGCCACUGGUGCUCCUUCGAGAGCGAGGAGAAAGAUGGGCCAAUGGUUGGCCAGAAGGUCAAGGGCGCGGUCCUCGUUGUUUUGCUUUCCAACGGAAUGGAGCAGUGGAGAAGGAAGAACCACACCUUUCUGACCACGGCCUGCGGCAGCCUUUGCUCCACCUGCGCGGUGAAGAAGCCCCAGGUCUUCUGCGCCAACUGCGAGGACUACUUCUGCUUCAAGUGCUUCGAGGACAUGCACCGCCGGGGCAAUCGGCUUCAACACAAGUCCAUGCUUGUGAGCGUCUCCGAUGGAGACGUCAUCGAGCCCCAGAAGCGCUGCGAGGAGUGCGAGGACCGGCCAGCGGCCUUUGCGUGCGACUACUGCCUGGACAACUACUGCGUGCAGUGCUUCUGGAAGUGCCACUUCAAUGGGCAUCGACGGCAGCACACGGCCUCCAAGGUUGCGGUGGUGCCCAUGUGCAACCAGUGCCAGAACGUGCGCGCCACCAUCUUCUCGGAGCAGACCCAGGAGCUCAUGUGCACGGAAUGCUUCACGAUGCUCCACGCCAAGGGCAACCGAAUGCUGCACCUCUUCAUGGAUGCCAUGGACCUGCUGGUCCUGCUGGAGCGGUUGGACCCAGCCUUCCAGGAGCACAUGCGCCGUGCGCGUCCCCGAGUGUUGUGGGCGCUCAGCCAGCUGCAAGGCUGGGUGAAGGGAAUCGAGGCCAGGCGCAACUUCAAGAAGCGCAAGGACGUGGUCCUCAUGAUCCAGCGCCGCUGGCGUGGAGUGCUUACACGGCGCCGGCUCCUGGGCAUGCUGCACAUGCACAAAUGGCGCAGGCGUCAGGUGAACAACUACUUCCUGCCCAAGACGGCGGCGGAGCGGCGCGCGGUGAAGCAGAAGACCACAGCCAUGCUGGCGGCCAAGGACGUAACCACCCGCGCGGCGAACCAGUCGCUGCGGGAGCUGCGGUCCACGAUCCUGGCCACGGCGGCGGCGGACCCGCUGGAAGACGCCCAGAUGACCAGGGACCAGAUGGAGGUGCUCCCCGGAGCCGCGGAGACCACGGGCCUGGCCCCAGGUGUGUCGGCCUACACAAGCUACGAGCAAAGCUCCCGCUUCAACGGCGCGCUCACCUACCCCUCCGGCUCGCAGGCGCAAGACCUGUCCAAGAAGGACAUCCGCAGCACGCGCGACAGCACCCUUCGACAGAUCACCCGCUUGGACUGA